GGACAAAGCGUGAAAAAUGACCGAAAAUGUGGCAAAAUUGUUCUUAGAAAUACGACCUAGAUUCAGAAGAUCUGAUAGAAUUGGAUAUAAAAUAUCUUUUCAACUGAGACUAAAUGCCACAGCUUAUAAUUCAAAACAAAGCAUCUUGGGGAACCAAAAUAUCCAAGGCCUGUUGUCAUGGUAACCUGUGGUAGGACUUGGCGACGCAGGAACAAGCAAAAGCAGCUCAACCGCCCUCAUAUUCUACUGGAUCAAGAAUACAUUCAGUUGUUAAAAUGGGCCAAAAAAAAUGGUGUGAACUUCYGAAGUGUUCGACCAGCUGUAUUUCAUGACACUGGUAGAGGAAUGAUUGCCACAAGAAAGAUCAAUAAUGGUGAAUCGAUUAUCAGUGUUCCACGACAGCUGCUCAUAAUGACAUCUACAGCUUUAAAAAGCAAUGUUGGAAGACUUUUGGGACAAAUGUCUAAGUGGGCAAAUAUCAAGCUUUCUCGUAAAUGCAUUCUGUGUUUAUAUGUUGCUCACUUAAAGCAUCUUGGGGAAAAAUCAUUUUGGUAUCCUUAUAUUGCAACAUUACCUAAAGAAUUCAAUACCCCAUGUUAUUUUAGCGAGAACGAGCUGCAGACACUUCCAAAAUCAAGCUAUGAACGAUGCUUAGCUCAAAUCAAUGAAGUACAGCAAGCUUUCAAUGCAAUAAAACAGACUUAUAAUGACAGAUUUCCAAAUAACCAUGAUUUUGAUUUCUUAAAGUUUCUUACAUUUGAGGACUUUAAGUGGACCUGGUUUGUUGUAAACACAAGGUCAGUGUACCUAGCCAGUGAUGAGGAAAAAUGCUCAUGUUGCUAUGGUGACUGUUGUCAUGGGGAUGGAUAUGCAUUAGCACCAGUAUUGGACCUACUCAACCAUCAAGAUACUGCUGAGAUAUCUGCUGGAUUCAACCAAGAAUCACAAGCUUACGCGAUUCGCACGGUAACUGAAUAUCAAAGAUAUAAUCAAGUCUUCAUCAACUAUGGUCCUCAUGACAACACAACACUCCUUAUCGAAUAUGGUUUUAUUCUUCCAAAAAAUAUCCAUAAUACUUUCAAGUUUAAACCUGAACAAAUCUUCCGUAUUUUAAACCUUCAGUCCUCACCCAGCUUAACUAAAAAGAUGAAUCUCAUCGAAAGAAAUAAUUUCAAACAAGAUUUUAGUUGUAGAGAAGAUGAUGGUGUUUCAUGGAGUCUUUUAGCAGCCUUAAGGAUGUUAGCACUUGAGGAAGACAUGCUGACUCAGUGGAAUAAAGUACUUGAUGGAAAACCAGUUUCUAUCAGUAGUGAAAUUCUUGUACAGAAAUGGAUAGCACAGAUACUGUCUCACUCACUUGGGGAAUUAGAGACUGAUUACUUUGAACAGCACAGUCUGGCAGGUCAGAGUACCAACACACAGCUUGCAGUGCAACUCAGGCAACAGGAAAUACUAAUUUUAUCAGCAGUAUUAUGCAGAGUAGAUAUUCCUGGUACUUGUGGCUGAAAAUGUUUCCAUUAUAAAGAGUAAUGUUCCCAGCAGAUUUAGGCAGUAGAUUAUAGCCAAGGUUAGCAGCAAUUAGAUUCUGGUAUUUGUCAGUAAUGUCAGUUAUAAGAAAUAAGAAAGCAAGAGGUGCAUAGUUUGAUCCUCAGUGACCUCACACACUUGUUUUAAGGAGCAAGUAUGGCUUGGUUGGUAAGCGUGCUGCCUGCUAAGCAAGAGGUCCAUAGUUUGAUCCUCAGUGACCUCACACACUUGUUUUAAGGAACAAGUGUGGCUUGGUUGGUUAGUGUGCUGCCUCCUAAGCAAGGGAU